CUUCGUCUAACCGACACCGGAAGUGUGGACUACGUCAUCAGUUAUUGCUCCCCUCACAGUCACGAGAGUUUAGCCAGAAACUUGUCGAUUUCUUCACGGUGCUCGUUAUUACACAGCUGUCAAGAUGGCUAUGAGUGAUCAAGAUGUUCAGAAACAGAUUAAGCACAUGAUGGCUUUUAUAGAGCAGGAAGCCAAUGAAAAAGCUGAGGAGAUUGAUGCCAAGGCAGAGGAAGAGUUUAACAUUGAGAAAGGAAGACUGGUGCAGCAGCAGAGGGUCAAGAUUAUGGAGUAUUAUGAAAGGAAGGAGAAACAAGUGGAAUUACAGAAGAAAAUUCAAAGUUCCAACCUUCUCAAUCAAUCAAGACUAAAGAUUUUGAAAACCAGAGAAGAUCUCCUAAAGGACCUGAUGGAGGAAGCCAGACAGAGACUGAGUAAAAUCACAAAGGACAAGCCCAAGUACAAGAAAUUCAUGGAGGGACUCAUCACCCAGGGUUUAUUCCAACUGAUUGAGGCAUCAGUGGUUCUGAGGUGUAAACAGGAAGAUUUAGACUUGCUUAAGGAGAGUCUUCCAGCAUCUGUUCAGCAGUACAAGGAGGCGACAGGAAAUGACGUCUCCAUCACCAUCGACACCGAUAACUUCCUCGGAAAUGAUGUAUCUGGAGGAGUUGAGCUCCUAGCACAACACGGGAAAAUCCGGGUUGAGAACAUGCUUGAAAGUCGUCUUUCUCUCAUUAGUCAACAGAUGAUUCCAGAGCUGAGAACAAUUUUGUAUGGAGCAAACCCCAAUAGGAAAUUCAUGGAUUAAAGACAGUUAAUAUGGGAUCUUAUAGACAAAAUAUCUAAUACACCGCAUCUAUUUAAUGUAUAGUACGCAAUCUAGUCAGUGUUUGACCAAUCGUAGGGAAGGUUAUAGAUGCCGUUGGAUGUAACAUUGCUGCCAUACGCAUUUUGAAUACCCUAUAUAAAUUAAUAUAUAACUAUACUGAUAUUUACGAGACAUGUGAACAAUGCUAUACAGUAAUUCAAAUUUACUCCCAAUUAAUUGUAACGAUAUCAAAAUUUAACAAUGUCUGAUUUUUUUUGAAAAGGUUGAAAUCCAUGACGUAAUUUAGGGUAUAGAGUUAUUUCCCUUUGGAUAUACUACUCCCUAUAUUAUACACCGUAUAAUAUGUAACCCAGAAUUAGUGUCUUAGUCUUGUCAAAGGAACUGUGAUCAUUCCAUUCAUUUGUAUCAGUGCUACAACUUGUAUGUGUAUCCAUAGUACAUUGUUGAUAUUUAAUCAGGGUUAUAAACUGUGAGAUAAAAA